CCGGUUAACACUUCCGGCGCACUGGGUACAGUGUUCAUCGAUGUUAAUGCUUUUGUGGUUAAUGAUAAGAAACCUGUUUCUCUGUUUGUGAAGUUUAUUAUAUGAAGUCACAUUUUAAACAGCCGUCUUGUUUGUCAGCAAGAUGUCCAGUUCUGCCAUCUUAGACGUGUCCAUUCCCAAAUCAACACUGAAAGAAACUCAGUAUCCUGACAACUCAGAACCAGCAACCAUACUGGACCCGCUUCCUGCCUCCAUUCAUCUCCAUGAUCUGAAGCUGGCUCCACAUAUGGAGCUAGAGCAGGCGCAGCAGAGGGGCAGGCUGAAGUGUUCCAGCUGCGGAGGCUCGCGAAUGUUCUUCUGCUACACCUGUUGCUGCUUAGUAGGCGUCCGCCAGCAGGAAAUCCCCUCCGUCAAGCUCCCUAUUAAAAUUGACAUCAUCAAACAUCCCAGUGAGGUUGAUGGGAAAAGCACAGCCAUACAUGCCAAGAUCCUUUCUCCUGAAUAUGUCACUAUCUACACCUACCCUUGCAUACCGGAGUAUGAAAAUGAAACAGACAAAGUAGUGCUGGUGUUCCCGGGACCUGAAUCAGUCUCAGUGGAGGAGAUGACACAGAUAUUACAGAACACGGCUGCCACAAAGGCUACUGACUCCCCACCUGAGGAACCGCCCCAUAAGAGACCCAGAGCAAAGGAGAUGCCAGAGGGCACACAACAUGCUGAGGGCCAGACAUCAGGAGCCAAACACACAGGGGGGGGAGCAGAAGCAGGGAAAGAAGGCCAAAUUGAGACACCAGAGCCCUCUCUCCUCCAGAGAGUAGUGUUCAUUGACAGCACAUGGAACCAGACCAACAGAAUCAUCACAGAUGAGAGAUUGCAAGCACUGCUCCGUGUGGAGCUGAAGACCAGGAAGACGUGUUUCUGGCGCCAUCAGAAGGGUUCUCCAGACACCUACCUGGCCACUAUAGAGGCUGUAUACUACUUCCUCAAGGACUACCACGAACUGUGUCUGAGACAGGAGUACACAGGACAGUAUGACAACCUGUUGUAUUUCUACACUUUCCUACACACACUCAUUAACAAAGCUAAGACAACUGCUGGAAAGGGGGAAAGAGACCCCAGAGAAAAGAAAGAGACUACAGAGAGGAGACAAAGAGAGGGCGGUAUGGUAUAGAAGAGAGUUGUAUAUACGUACUCACCACCACCAUCAAGAUCAAAACAUUUACAUUCUCUACUGUGAAAUGUACAUUGCUGUGAAAGUGUGCAAAUAUUGCAUAAUUUUGUCUCUGAAUGUUAUCAGAUUGAAUAUAAUAUAAAAGGGAUCCUGAGUAAACAGACAAAACGGAUGAUUAUUAAAGACAGUAAUAAAAAGCACUUAGAGAAUACUGAGGGGGAAGGGCUUUGGUAAAUACAACUGAUUGAGACCCAGUGAUGACUGCAACCAAACGUUUCGUGUAGUUAUUGUGUCGGUCCACAAAGGAAUGUUGCCCACUCCUCCAUGCAGAACCGCUUUAACUCACAUUCGUGGGUACAUCCAGUGCUUGUUUCAGGCCAUGACAACAUCUCAAUGGGUUUAUGUCUGGAGCUUGACUAAGGCCAUUCCAUAAUUUUACAUUUCUUAUUCCUCAGCCAUUCAGAUGUAGAUUUGUGUGUUUUGGAUAAUUGCUGUACUUUACCUCACGGAUGGAUGGACCACCAUUCUCCUGUAGGAUUCUUUGAUACAGAGCAGAAUUCAUGUUGUAUGAUGGCCGGUGGCCCAGGUGUUGCAGCCAAGUGUUACACUGAGGUUCUUAAUGUGGAAUGCAGUGUUCCCUGUCACCCCAAAACGUUCCACUUCUGACUCUGCUGUCCAUAGAACUGACUUGAGAAGAGCCUUUAUGUUCUUUUCAGUGAGCAGUGGUUUCUGCCUUGCAUUCCAUUAUACUCAAGAAUCUUUCUGAUGGCUGAGUCAUGAAAACUGCCCUUGGCUGAGGGGAGAAAGGGCUGCAAAUCCCUAGAUGUUGUUUCAGGGUUUGUGACUUCCAGGAUGAUCUUAUGCCUUGCUUAUUGGGAGAAUUCAUCAGGACAAUCACUCUAGAAAUGAUUUGCGAACUGCCUGAAACAUUCCAAUUUGGAAGAUAGGGCGCUGACAACAUCAGUCUGGUGGCAAGGGCCAAAGAGUCUGAUUUAUAUUGAGCAGGGCUGGUCGAAAUCAGUUGGUUUGCCAAGGUACUCAAACACCGGACCGUAAUAAUCAACUUUAUUGGGUUGAAUUAUUCAGGUGGGCAAACUUAGUCAUACCUGAAGAGUGAAUGUUUGAUUACCAGAUUCCCUCUGUAUAUUACAAACCAGAAAAACAAAACGAGAAGCAGCUGUUCUGGAACCAAGAAAUCCCACAUUACCUCAUCAGGUUAGAAGCUGGAUACAUUCAGGGAAUCAGGGAUUUUUUUUUUUUAAAACAAUACCCCUGAGGAGCCCCAGGUAAUUCUUUAAUUAUACGGGAGGUAUAAUUAAUUGGCAGCAAUUAGGGUUAGCUGUCUUGGUCAGCAACAACACCUUUGGGAUAGGGGGAUUAGAACCUGGGACCUUUCGGGAACACUAGUCAGAUGCCCAAAUUGCUUGGCCACCUUGCCGGCCUUAAGAAUGAAACCAGGUCUUUGUUGGGGAAUCAGAGAUGUGCAUAAACCUGAGAUGUUUACAGACUGGACCACAGCUACAAUUUCAGGUUCCCACUUCAAGUCAGAAAGUGACAAUUUGCGCUGCAGACAAGAGUAGGAAUCUGGAUUUCUACAUUAAAAAUGCAUUUCAGAUUAAUAGUUCUGUCAAAAACACAUUUCUGGACACACCAUGCUCCCGUAACAAGAGCUGUGCAGAGUACCAGUGGAUAUGUGAAGGGCACUCCCUUUCAUCCAAUGUGACAAGACCUUACUUGGUGUGUCCUGUACUAGAUCAAUAUAACCCAUUUUGACUGUUCUGUUAAAACUAUAAUAAAGUAUGCCAAAUGUCAUCCCA